UUUGUUUCGCCACUUGAAGUGCAAAGGUCAAAUUGGCGAUAGGAGGCGUCAGAGUGCAAGGACCGUGCUGUCGAAGUGUCCAAAAUGGGCUUGAGAGCCACAGAUUGUGGCUACAGGUUCUUGGUGUUGUUUUUCAACUGUCUGCUGACUUUUGGGAGUUAUUUCUGCUUUGACAUGCCCAGUGUGCUGCAGCCAUUGUUUACAGGGAGCACAUUUUGUAACACCACUAACAGUUCAGUCAACCACACAGCAGAGAAUCAAACAUGUUGCCAGGAUUGCCUUGGAAUGAAUGCUGACCAGUACAACCUUCUAUAUGCCAUCUAUGCUUGGACUAAUGCAGUAAUUGUACUAGGAGCUGGUUUUCUAAUUGACAAGCUAGGGAAUAGAGUUGGAGUUUUCUUGUUUUCAUCUCUCUGCGUCCUUGGUUCCUCAACAUUUGCAGCUGGGGUCUUUCUCCGAGGCACACCUUACCUGCUGCCACUGAUGCUCAUUGGACGGUUGCUAUUUGGAGCAGGCAAUGGAUCUCUUACAAUUGUUCAGAAUCGUAUCACAGCAUUUUGGUUCAAGGACAAGGAGUUAGCACUGGCCUUUGGUUUCACUCUUGCCUUCUCAAGGCUUGGAAGUGUCUUGAACUUCUUCCUCACACCCAAUUUUGCCAAGGCUUUUGGUCUUACCUGGACUUUGUGGGGUGGUGCAAUGCUCUGUGGAAUUGGGUUUGUUUCUGCCAUUAUAGUCAGCUUCUUAGACAAAAUGGGAGUCAAACAGCUUGGAGCAGAUGACAACAUGAAAGAAGAGUCCAAAAAAGUGAAAUUCACAGACAUCAGGCAUUUCUCAGCCUCCUACUGGCUGCUGGCUCUGACAAUUAUGUUCUUCUACAAUGGAGUGUUUCCAUUUGUAGCUGAUGCAAGUGAUUUUAUUGAAAGUAAAUAUGACAUCCAGCCCCCAACCUCCUCCUACCUGGCAGGUGCUGUGUAUGACGUUUCCAUGGUCCUGUCACCUUUUCUAGGAGGAAUGAUUGAUGUGAUAGGCAAGCGUGGGUACUUAGCAGUUCUGUGUUGUCUCCUAACAAUUCCAGUCUUUGGGUUGCUGGCAUUUACAUAUGUCUAUCCACUGGUGGCUACUUUGUGGCUGGGAAUAACUUACUCAUUUGCUGCUGCCAGCAUGUGGCCAUCCAUUCCCCUGGUGGUCAGCCAGGCCACUGUGGGCACAGCCAUGGGACUGACCACCUCCAUACAGAUGGUAGGCAUUGGUAUCUGUAACAUUGUAGUGGGUGAAAUACUGGGACAGAAAAAUGGCAAAAUCCCAUUAGAGCGCUGGCAGUAUAUGAUGAUCUUCAUGCUUGCUAACACACUGGCUUGUAUUACUACAUCUGUGAUGCUGAACAUAAAUGACAGGAGAAAGGGUGGCAUAUUGAACCAAAGCAGGAGACAGAAGAUGGCCAGGGAAGGGAAGCCUCUCGUCUCUGCCGUGGAUGAAUACGAUGAGACGGAUCCUUUGCUGUCACAUACUAGGAGAGACAACAAAAGUAUUAUUAAUUAAGUAUAUGAAAAGUUAAUGUCAAAGAGAUUAAAUUUUAAGCACUGUUCCUGAUGUCAGCGGAAAAUCUGGGGUCACUGAAUUUAAGUGUAGCUGUCAUUUACAAACUACAAUUGCCAAAAAGAAGGAAAAAAAUCAAUUUGAAUAUUUAUGUUUAUGCCUGUAUGAGUCACACAGUGUUACUAAUUUAAAUAUUUUGAAAUGUAAAAUAUUUAACCAUUUGAUGAAGAAUCAAAACAAACCAUAUUAUUUGGUUUUCACGGAGAAAUAUUCCUGACCAGUGUGAACUCUUGAGGUUGAUAAGCGUACUGUUUGAAACUUUUCUUUAUACCUGGUAAAUCGAUUCUAAACAGUGCCAAAGAAGAUUUCUUAUGUCAAUUAUGAAUGAAUCAGGGUUGACAUUAUCACAUUUACUGUACAUUCGUUGGUAGUAUGAAUGUGCAAUAGUUAGUUGAAUCUAUAAAAAGUUCACUAUGAUGUGAUAAGGAGUCAUUUUAAACAUCAUAUUAAGUGAUGUAAAAUUGUCAUAUUAAGUGAUGUAAAAUUGCCCAUAGUUAAAAUAAUGUGAAAAGAAGUUACUUAAUGCUCUUGAAGAUAGAUGAGUGGUGUAAGUAAGUUUGCUUUUCUACAACAUUUCCCCACAUGCUCACCUUGGCUGUCAAGAAAGUUGGGCUUAAAUGUUAGUUUAUUAUGGCAUCCAGGCAUAUCAUCCUAUAGGCAUGGGUGAAAGUUUUUAGGAUUGUGCCUGAUUUCAGGAUUUUCAGUCUUUAUUUUGAUUGUUAUUUUUUUCGUGUGGUCGAAAUGCAAUGGGAAAAUGCAUUCUACGUUUAUAGAAUUUUCAGUUUUUACAACUUUCACCCAUGCCUAUAGGCCUUUUGUAACGUGCUAUAGAUAGAUGGUAUUUAUUUUAUAAUAUGCGACGCAAUACUGUCGUAUAUCUAUGAUGAUUGUGCACAAAAUUUCUGUCAAAUUCCCAUUGAAGUUGUGCAUAAAUAAAAAUUUGACUCGCGAAAAAAGUUCCCAGAUGAGCCUUUAAUUUGAUACUGGUUUGGAAACGUUUACCGUUCUCUGAUGUAAAAAUCUCGGAGAAACCUAUUACUGUGGCAACGUAUUCAAACCUUAUAUAUAUAGUGAAAUCUCAGCCGAAUACGUUUAAAAGAAAGUGACUGAUCUGCAAGGUUGUACAAAUAAUGAAUAUAUUGUUAUAUAUUUACAAUAAAUAUUUGAAAAUUA